GGUACAACAUUAGUCCCUGGCAUCUGGCGGGGUUGGGCUGGACGUGCCAUGGCUUCAGUUUUCGUCCAAUUCCUGUGAUUUACCGACGCCAUGGAGGUCUUGAGCCCCAGCAAAAGACACGCGGCGGUUCUGGAGAUGGUGUCCGACGAGGAGGAGGAGGAGGGAGCGCAGGAAAGCGAGCAAGAGGAGGGUGAGAUCUGCAGCGAGGAUGAGGAGGAAGGUGCCAUGGAGGGUGAGGUGCCUUGUCCUGUCUUCUCAAAUUACUCUGCUAACGCCACUAACUCACUCCCCGCCUACGCCCCGCACUUCUCCUUCCCAGACCAUCGGCCAAACAAAACACCUUCACUGGCCACUGUGGCAUCCGAGGUGGUUAUCUAUGACGACAAAGGCCGCACAGCCAUCUUCACCAGCCCCAAGAAGCCCCGCAUCAGUAGCUACCCUCGGAGGGGUGAGGCGUCAAGGCAACAUGCCAGGGAGCUGCCCAGGAGGAAGGAGAAGGAGGGUGAGAGGAGUAGAAGACACCACUCAUCGUCAUCAUUGCAGACAGCCUCAGAAAAGUGGCCCAAGGCAUCGUGGAGGAGUGCCAUGGAGAGCAGAGGUGCUGGGCCGCCUCAGGAGGGCCAUGUACGCCCAUACAGAGCCAAGACCAAGGACGUCAGUGGGGUCAGAGGGGGUCACAGGGCGCGGAAAGGUCGUCCACCCUCGCCCGACAGCUCCAGUCGGUCAUCGUCCUGCUCCUCGUGUUCCUCCUCCUCCUCCUCUUCCUUAAUCAGCUGUAGUCCCAGUGAGGAGGAGAAUGAUGUCUCUACAGUGUCGCCAUGCAAGGGAAGAGGCAAAGAAAACAGGCGUUGUGGCCCGGCUGGGAAGAGCCACGACAGGCCACACUCUCAAGAAUAUGGAUGCGAUCCACCACCGCCUGCUAAGGAGUCCAGCAAGCCACUGCCACAGCCGCCAUCCCACCGCCCUAAGCACAGUGGGUCCCAGCAUGGCAGCUCCCAUCACCGCCCACCCGCAACCUACUCCAAAGGGCCCAGGCGGCGUCCCUCCACCCACCACAACAGCCGCAGAAGCCCCAAGGAGAGCACGGCGGGGAAGGCAGCGCACCAGCAGCACCAGCGCACACACCAGAAGCCCCCGAAAGCCAGGCCCAGUGAGAGGAAGGACAGCAGCAAGGUAGACAAGCCAGUGAAGGAGGCGGAGAGUGUGCCCACCAUAGUCAAGGGUCAGAACAGGCUUCCGAGAGGCAGCCUUGGCGAGAUGCUGCUGUCAAGGCCCAAGGCAGCAUCCACACACCCCACCCCAGGCCUCCAGGACAUCCCUCGGCCCCCAGGUGAGGAUCCAAAGACACCAACGUCUCCUGCCAAACCCGAGAUGCAGCAGGGGGAAGAGAAGGUGGUUCAGGAGGUAAUCCUUGACUCCCACACAUCCUCAGAGGGUGCCGAGAACUUGACGCUGGACCAGGAGGACGAUGAGGAGCUCCAGCUGAGACUCAUUGCCAUCCAGUCCUCCCUCAGGCUCCUCACAGACAUGCAGAGGGAGGGGCAGACACAGGAGGAGGCAGGGAUUGGGGAGGAAUCCUGCCAUACAUCCAGCCCCUUAAAGAAGACAGGCAUGAAGGAUGAGCCUCAGCAGGAAAUCCUCAAUGACCUCUCGGUGCUGAAAGAAUCAAGGACACCCCCUGUGAAGGAUGCAGGUGGCCAGGGCUCCCACACGUCCCCAUCCAGGGCGGGCAGGGCUGUGGAGGCUGACGCAGCAGUCGUUCAGAUCUCUGAUGACAUCUCCAUCUCCAGCAGCUCAGCCUCGGAGAUCUGCUCGGAGAACCUGGCCACCAACACGAGCUACCUGGAGGAGGGUGGCGGAGGGAAGGGGGCAGAGGACAGCAGGAGGAGGGGGAAGGAGCGGUCAGACGUGGACCAGGACCCAGUGGACAUGGAGAUAUGCGACAGCUCUGGGGAGGAGGAGGGGGGGCAGGCCAUGGUGGUGCAGGACAGCCCCCUCUCCCCAGAGCCCGGCCAGGACACAGGGAAGGCUGCCCCGGGGGAAGGCCCGGCUGGGGUCAGCAGCAGCAACUUCCAGAUACCGGUGGAGUGGGCAUACAUGAUGCCACCACCGCCGCCGCCUGACCAGCCAGCCAACGAUCUUCACAACAUUAACAGCUGGUGCUUUGACCAGAACAUGUACCUGCAGGCCAUGCAGGUGGCCCCCCAGGAUGAGCAGCAGCAACAGCAGCAAGGCCAGGCUGAGGCAGGGCAGGGCACGGAGUGGCUGGCACCAGCACAGCCCCAUGCCAGCACCCCCUGGCCAGGCCCCUUCAUGGAGGCCUACGACAACAACACUCUGCCUCAGGACACCUCCAGCCCCCUCAGCCUGCCCAUGGGCCUGCCCCCUGACCAGCAGCAGGACCAGCACCAGCAGCAGCACCCGCCAGAGUAUGCCUUCUCAGAGCCAGCCCUGCCCCAGCACACCUCACCCCCCGGGCAGGGCAGUGACCUGAAGGACGCGCCGGCAGAGCAGUACCAGGCAUUCAUGUCAGCUGUCCUGCAGCAGCAGCAGCAACAGCCCUCACCCAAGGGCCGGGUACCAGCAGCCCCAGCCUUCACGGAAUGCCCCCAGAGGAACCUGAUCAUGGUGCCCCUGAGUGGCAGCCACCAACCCACUGCUGCUGCUGCCGCCAAGGCCAGCAAGAAAGUCAAGGCCAAGGUCAAGAAGAUGAGGACCAAGAAGCGCCUCCGUAAGAAGCAGGUGUUGCAGGAGUGCAGCAACAGUGGCAGUCAGCAGCAGAUGACCAGCAGCAGCACUGGAGCAGCAGGAGCAGCUACAGCAGUGGAGGAGGAGGACGAGGAGCUGUUGAGGGCCAAGCUACUGAUUGAUAUGUCAAGGAAGAAGGAGCAGCGCUUGCAGGGUGCCACCACCACCACCACUCCCCCCACUGCCUCCACCAAUGCUGCCCCUUCAGCAUCCUUUCCAGCACCUGUCAACAGGACCACCACCACAGCAAAGGAGGGGCAGGAGGGCCGUGCCUCACCCCAGACCUUGCCACAACCCUCCGAGGCACUGGUGCCACCCAGGAGCCUGCGUGUGGUGAAGGGCCAUGAUGGGCGCCCCAGGAGUGGGGAGAGCAGCCCCACACACUCCUUCAAGGGUGAGUCUCGGAAGGGUCUCUCAGACAUAGGUGGCUGGGGGCUGGACCCCAAGGGAAGCAAGUUCAACUACCACAGCAGCACACAACAUGACUUCCCCCUCAGCGGCGGCAGCAGCAGUAGCCUUGACAUCACCAAGGUGAAGUUCCCAACCAUCCAGCCCAUCAUCAUCAGCCUGCAGUCAGACUCAGACGACUCUGAUGAGGAGGGGGAGGGCAGGGGGGAGGGGCCCAGCGCUGAGCCCAUGAGCCACAGCAUCGACAUCCUCCUCAAGAGCAUGAGGAAUGCAAACAUGGCCUCCACCAGCAAGGAGGUUGACCCCGCCAUCCCCAAGCCUGGCCCUAGCACCCGCUCCACCUCCCCCGCAGCCCCCUCCAGCCCUGCCACCAAACCCAGGGAGGUGGCUGACUCCACCCCACAGGUUAGCCACACCACUGAUUCGGCUGUGGAGGCUGACGCAGCAGUCGUUCAGAUCUCUGAUGACAUCUCCAUCUCCAGCAGCUCAGCCUCGGAGAUCUGCUCGGAGAACCUGGCCACCAACACGAGCUACCUGGAGGAGGGUGGCGGAGGGAAGGGGGCAGAGGACAGCAGGAGGAGGGGGAAGGAGCGGUCAGACGUGGACCAGGACCCAGUGGACAUGGAGAUAUGCGACAGCUCUGGGGAGGAGGAGGGGGGGCAGGCCAUGGUGGUGCAGGACAGCCCCCUCUCCCCAGAGCCCGGCCAGGACACAGGGAAGGCUGCCCCGGGGGAAGGCCCGGCUGGGGUCAGCAGCAGCAACUUCCAGAUACCGGUGGAGUGGGCAUACAUGAUGCCACCACCGCCGCCGCCUGACCAGCCAGCCAACGAUCUUCACAACAUUAACAGCUGGUGCUUUGACCAGAACAUGUACCUGCAGGCCAUGCAGGUGGCCCCCCAGGAUGAGCAGCAGCAACAGCAGCAAGGCCAGGCUGAGGCAGGGCAGGGCACGGAGUGGCUGGCACCAGCACAGCCCCAUGCCAGCACCCCCUGGCCAGGCCCCUUCAUGGAGGCCUACGACAACAACACUCUGCCUCAGGACACCUCCAGCCCCCUCAGCCUGCCCAUGGGCCUGCCCCCUGACCAGCAGCAGGACCAGCACCAGCAGCAGCACCCGCCAGAGUAUGCCUUCUCAGAGCCAGCCCUGCCCCAGCACACCUCACCCCCCGGGCAGGGCAGUGACCUGAAGGACGCGCCGGCAGAGCAGUACCAGGCAUUCAUGUCAGCUGUCCUGCAGCAGCAGCAGCAACAGCCCUCACCCAAGGGCCGGGUACCAGCAGCCCCAGCCUUCACGGAAUGCCCCCAGAGGAACCUGAUCAUGGUGCCCCUGAGUGGCAGCCACCAACCCACUGCUGCUGCUGCCGCCAAGGCCAGCAAGAAAGUCAAGGCCAAGGUCAAGAAGAUGAGGACCAAGAAGCGCCUCCGUAAGAAGCAGGUGUUGCAGGAGUGCAGCAACAGUGGCAGUCAGCAGCAGAUGACCAGCAGCAGCACUGGAGCAGCAGGAGCAGCUACAGCAGUGGAGGAGGAGGACGAGGAGCUGUUGAGGGCCAAGCUACUGAUUGAUAUGUCAAGGAAGAAGGAGCAGCGCUUGCAGGGUGCCACCACCACCACCACUCCCCCCACUGCCUCCACCAAUGCUGCCCCUUCAGCAUCCUUUCCAGCACCUGUCAACAGGACCACCACCACAGCAAAGGAGGGGCAGGAGGGCCGUGCCUCACCCCAGACCUUGCCACAACCCUCCGAGGCACUGGUGCCACCCAGGAGCCUGCGUGUGGUGAAGGGCCAUGAUGGGCGCCCCAGGAGUGGGGAGAGCAGCCCCACACACUCCUUCAAGGGUGAGUCUCGGAAGGGUCUCUCAGACAUAGGUGGCUGGGGGCUGGACCCCAAGGGAAGCAAGUUCAACUACCACAGCAGCACACAACAUGACUUCCCCCUCAGCGGCGGCAGCAGCAGUAGCCUUGACAUCACCAAGGUGAAGUUCCCAACCAUCCAGCCCAUCAUCAUCAGCCUGCAGUCAGACUCAGACGACUCUGAUGAGGAGGGGGAGGGCAGGGGAGGGCCCAGCGCUGAGCCCAUGAGCCACAGCAUCGACAUCCUCCUCAAGAGCAUGAGGAAUGCAAACAUGGCCUCCACCAGCAAGGAGGUUGACCCCGCCAUCCCCAAGCCUGGCCCUAGCACCCGCUCCACCUCCCCCGCAGCCCCCUCCAGCCCUGCCACCAAACCCAGGGAGGUGGCUGACUCCACCCCACAGGCUGUUCGCCACCUGAGCCGCCACCAGCAGUUGGAGUACCGGUGGCUGAAGGAGCAGCUCAGGAAGAAGGAGAUGCUACAGCGCAGGAAGAUGUUGCAGAGGCCAUUGAGAGCUAAGCUGCAGCCCAAACUACCUCCCCCGCCGCCACCACUCGCCCCAACAAGCCCUGACAUCGCCCAGAGUUCCAGCCAGAGCAGUGUUGGCAGCCCCGUCCACACCGACCCCUCUCGAUUAUCCUCCGGCAGUGAAGGAUCCCCCUCCACCAGGGCAGUGACAUGGAAGGACAUUGGCCUCUUACAGAUACAAGUAUCCAAUGACGCUGCCCUUGACCUGUCCAGCGAGGGUACAGACCCCGGGGAUAGAGUCAGGGAGGCUCUGGAUGAUUCGUCCGCCAGUGCAUCCGCUGUGGAGGAUGACGAUGAGGAGACCUUACGGAUGAUGGCACUCCGCACGCAGAAGAGUAAGAAGUCAGAGACACAGUGCAGGAGAGUCGUCGUGGAGGGAAGGGUGUCGGAGAACGAAGGAGAUACCGAGGCGAAAGACGGAGAGGAGGAGGUGUCAAUGGAGACUAGCAGCGAGGAGCAUUUGGAUGAGGGGCUGAGGGGUGAGUGGAUGGUGCUGGACGAGGUGAGGGAGGAAGGCACAGAGGUUGGGGAGGAGGAGUUGUGUGCCAGGCCGCCAGGGAGCUCUGCGGAUGAGUUGAAGUGCGGGGAAGGAACGGAAACAAGUGAUGACGAGGAGGCAGUCAUCAGGUACCCAAGCCAUGCACUGCGGAAGGAGAACCAAAACACAGAGCAGCAGGUACCAAGGACAACAGACGAGGAACGAACUAAAGAACAAACUAACAAGACAAACGGAAAGGAAGCUCAGAUCCGCGAGGGUGAGGCAGCUCAAAACACAGCCUCUGCCACAGCCUCGAGUCCAAGCACGGUGACGCCAGACCAGCCUGCCUCAGAGGGCAGGUCAGCCAGCCAGUCAGACACAGACACAAAGCAACAAGACCCCCCAGUGAUGCCUGGCGUGAGGCAGGUGUCAGAGCCCUCAUGCAAUAAGAUAAUUGAGGAGGUGAUAAGGAGGAUAGAAAACAAGACCAGAGUAGUGCGGGGGGAGGCAUCGCGCGAAUCAUCCCCUGUGGAGGUAAACAGAAGCAGCGUUCCUUCACAGGGGAGCACCAAGAAGCAGGUUAGCUCACAGUUACCAAGUAAAAAAGAAACCAAAACCAAAUUGACUUCAGCAACACAGAAGCUGAUCAACUUGACACCAGUAACAGCCAGUCACAGUGGGGAGAGAGAAUCCACUCUAGUCAAAUCCAGUCACUCCACCACCACCAGCACCACUACCACCACCAGCUCUGUAUCCUUAGCAGGUACGGUAAGCAGAGGGGCAGCAGGAGCGCUAAACCAGAGCAGGGCAGUUGUUAGUAAUCAGAAUGGAGGAGGAGGAGGAGUACCCCAGCGCACAGUCCUCCCCUCAGGCACCAUGCAGAAGGUGAGGAGGGUCCAGAUGGUGAGGCCACAGAGCAACACUGAUUCAGCAGGGAAGGACUCUGCUUCAGCUGCACCUACUACCUCUGUUACUACUGCUGCUCGGGCACAAGACACGGAUAACCCAACCAAAGCCCAGCUGAAGAGAGUGGAGAAUGAGUACAAAGAAAAAAAGAGCGGGAUCAACAAGAUGAUCGUGCAGCUUGGACAACUCCUGAAGGAGGUCAGCGAGGAGCAGCAGCAGCAGCAGGAGUUCAAGAAAAGCAUCUCAGAGCUGCAGACAAAGCUGAGGGAGAUGGAGAGUCAAUAUGAGGGCAAGUCCAGCGCCCUGCAGACGAAGUUAAAGCUGAUCGGACACAUCCAGGUUCAGUACAGGUCCGAGCGUCAGGUCCUGAGGCGUCUCGAGCACCAUGGGGAGACACUCGGCAAGCAGGUUUACGGCACUGGGUUCAGCUUCAAGUCCCUGCCCGUGUCCCCUCGCUCCAAAGUCAAGGACGUGAGCACCAAGAAAACACUGGCCAGCAGCAUCUACGCCCUCCAGCAGCAAGUACGAGACCUCACCAACAAGCAAAAGAACAGCCUCAAGACAUCACCGAACAAGGCCACAGAGGCAGGAGUGUUGAGGAAGCAGAACACUGAAAAUAAUGGCCUCAAGACUCCACCAACCAACACCACAGAGGCAGGAAUGUUGAGGAAACAGAGCACAGGAAAUAGUGGCUUCAAGACUCCGCCAGCCAACACCACAGAGGCAGGAGUGUUGAGGAAACAGAGCAUAGGAAAUAGUGGCUUCAAGACUCCGCCAGCCAACACCACAGAAGCAGGAGUGUUGAGGAAGCAGAGCACAGGAAAUAAUGGCUUCAAGACUCCACCAGCCAACACCACAGAGACAGGAGUGUUGAGGAAGCAGAACACAGCAGAUAACCUCAAGACUCCGCCAGCCAACACCACAGAGACAGGAGUGUUGAAGAAGCAGAACACAGCAGAUAACCUCAAGACUCCGCCAGCCAACACCACAGAGGCAGGAGUGUUGAGGAAGCAGAACACAGCAAAUAACCUGAAGACACCACCAGCCAACACCACAGGGAGGCAGAACACAGCAGAUAAUUUCAAGACACCACCAGCCAACACCACAGAAAGAGGAGUGGUGAGGAAGCAGAACACAGUUGAUACCACCACUGAAACCACCCCAACCACCACCACCAAUAGCACCAUUAAAACCACCUCCACCACCACCACCAAGCAAGGGGAACCAGAGAGGAGCACAACAAAGACCCUUAACUUAGAUGCCAAAAAUGGGACAACUGUGGCACUGGAAAAAGUCACUGUAGAGGCAUCAGUGAAAAGUGCCACAGCCUUGCAUGUCCAGGGGGUGCCCAGCGGAGCCCCCCAUAGCAGGCCACCUGCAAACACCCAGGGGAAGGACGGUGGUGCCAAGGUCGCCAGAGUGCAGAUGCCAAAGGAGGACCAGCCGAGUGCCGUGCCGGAGAGGGAUGGCGCCAGACUGGCAUCCCGACCGACCAGUGCUGCGACUAAUGGUGCCAAGGAGGAAGACAAACUUGACGAGAUGAAGGCGCUGUGCCCCCAUGACCUUCUGGGCAGAUGCAACGACUCAUCCUGCCAGUACCAACAUCUCCCCGCAGUCCGGACAGCACCCCAGGCUCAGAACUCCCCCAGCAGUAGCAAGGAGCCCCGGUUAAGCAGCAGAGACGAUGAACCACAGACCACCACCAGCACCACCAUCAAGCAGGGAAAGGUUGUAGGGAGAGCAGGGGCAAAGCAGGUGAAGGUGACAUCUGGUUCUGCUGUGCCAAGCGAGCGCAGCAGCGAGGAGGUAAAGUCACAGCUGCUUCCAGACACGCAUGUUUCUGAGCAGCAACACCAGACACAGACAGUUGUAGAGAAUGGAACAGCCACCACAGCACUUGAGGACUCAGACACACAGCCCACCUCACGGACAGCUGCACCCACCACAGAACAGACUGGUACACCGAACACCACUGACACAGAGAUGCAAGCCUCCACCCCCACAGACACACACACCACCUCACAGACAGCUGCACCCACCACAGAACAGACUGGUACACCUAACACCACCACCACAGACUCAGAGAUGCAAGGCCGUACACCCACAGACUCACAUGCCACCUCACAGACAUCUGCACCCACCACUGAAGAACAGACUGGUACACCUAACACCACCACCACCACAGUCACAGAGAUGCAGCAAGCCCCCACAGACACGCCCGACACCACUGACACUAGGCCAUACGCCACACAACACCAGACAGACACAGACAUAAAGACCACUGAUGAGCAGACCGAAAGACCACAGGCAGGGACUAGUGUAGGAAAUUUAACAGAGGCAACCAUCACUGACACAGACGUUGAAUCACAGACUCCCACAGAGCCCCAGGAGACACAGACAGGGACAGAGACGAGUGUUCAAGGGUGGCAGACUGAUGAAGCAGCGAGCGUUGAGGCACUGAACGCUGCAGUCACAGAAGCAUCCACAGCACAACCUGAGACUCCGACUUGCACCAGAGAAACAGAAAACACAGAAUCAGGGACAAACGAAGAUGCAGCCUCCCUACAGACAGGGACCACAUCGGGAAGCACAGAAACACAGACGGGUGCAGAGGACACAGAGAUUGAUACAGAAACAAGUGCAAGUGUGUCCAGGGAGCUGUCUGAUAGCUCUACCACGAUCACUGAGAGCGAGGGCAGAGAGUGGCUUCCUAGCGAUGUGGAGUCACAAGCAUCAACAACCUCCUCCAGCGACUGCCUUCCCUUAAAGCACCAGCCCCCCAAACCCAGCUCCAGGCCAGCCAAGCGCAGAGCCUCAUGCAGGAAGAGCAGGGAGAGCAUCACAGAGGACGCAGCGCCGAGCCAGGACUUGCAGAGUGAGGGAGACACAGUUAAUGAGCUCCAGAAGACCCGAGGCACCAGAAAGUCAUUAAGAGUCAAGGCCAAGGCAUCUCCCAAAGGUACUCCGCCCCCGAAGAAGGGUGCCAAACCCACCACCCCCGGGAAGGGCCAGAAACGGAAGUCUGAGUCACUCUCCAAGCAUCCGUCCAGUAAGAAGAGGCACGCGACAAAGCCAUAACCUUAACCCCCAAGCAUAAUAGAGCCAUUAAGUGGUGCCAUAAUGUUCCCUGCCAAAUGUGAUAAUAGGUGUGUGCCACGGUGUUUUGUACUGGACCAAUGAGGUGACAGAUUGAACAAAAACCUGCCGUCACCGAGAGAACUGAUUGGGCAUUGCAGGGGAAACUAUUUAAGGAGGUGAUUAAACUUGCACAGGGAGAUCACUGAUGGAGGCAUUGCAAGGGGAAAUUAUUUAAGAAUGAUGUUAUAAAGCUGAUGGGGCAUUGUAAGGGGAAUUUAUUUAAGAAGAAUGAGAUUAAACUUUUGUCAGGGAGAGGACUGUGAUGACUGCAGGGUAAAAACAAAAGUGCCAUAUGAUCAUGGUAAUUGCGGCACCAUGGUGGAAUGCCCCUCAAGCAAUUAACCUCAGGGGAAAAAAACGGGGGACUUAUUUUCUGCUUGCCUAACCUUCACCACAAGACAGUAUGUUGAUUUGACCUGCCAGCAUGGAGAAACUAAGCAGGGCUGUGAGGAAUUAACUCAAGAUGGGCUUGUUUUUUCCGCUGACCUUCCAACGUAGAGAAAUACGUUUAUCUUUUGUUUUGUGUACAAUACGGAUGAAAACUCGACAUCCACAUUCCUAGAAACACAGUGAGUAUAGGGGUUUCUGCUGCCAGUGAUGAAGAGGAGGGCGGCGUAAUGCUAGAAUAUGUUGAUGCCUUAUUUUGUGUGGUGAAAUGGAUGGAAACUUUAACUUGGCUUCCACAUAGCAAGAAACCAGUGAAGAUAGCUUAAUGCAAGAAUACGGUGAUGUUUUGUUUUGUGCGGUGAAAAAGAUGGAAACUUGGCAUCCACGUAGCUACAAACCAAUAACAAUGGCUUAAUGCAAGAAUACAGGGAUGUUUUGUUUUGUGCUGUGAAAAAGAUGGAAACUUGGCAUCCAUGUAGCUACAAACCAAUAACAAUGGCUUAAUGCAAGAAUACAGGGAUGUUUUGUUUUGUGCUGUGAAAAAGAUGGAAACUUGGCAUCCACGUAGCUACAAACCAAUAACGAUGGCUUAAUGCAAGAAUACAGGGAUGUUUUGUUUUGUGUGGGGAGAAGGGAGGAAUCUGAUGAAGAGAAUAUGUAUGAUAGUGUAAUACAAGAAUAUGAUGAUGUCUUGUGUGGGGAGAAGGAUAGAAACUGGACACCCACACACCCACAAACUGAUGAAGAGAAAGAUAUCGUAAUACAAGCAUACAUUAAGGAUGGUAACUUGGCAUCCAUAUACCCACAAACUGAGGAAAAGGAAGAGUAUAAGAAGCCAUUGAUGUUUGUGUGUGGUGAGAAGGAUGGUAACCAGGCAUCCACAUACCUGCAAAUUGAUGUGUAGGAAGAGUACAAGAAUCCAUUGAUGAUUGUGUGUGGUGUGGAGAAUGGUAACCAGGCAUCCACAUAUCUGCAAACUGAUGUAAAGGAGUACAAAAAUCCAUUGAUGUCUCAUGUGCGGUGAGGAGAAUGGUAGCGUGACAUCCACACUCCUGCAGCACAUGUGGAUGGCUGAAAUUUACACUCAUCAAGGGAAGAAUGAAGAAAUUAUUAUGAAAGGACAUAUGAUUAAAGACUCACCACUGCCACCACUGCCACCACCACCAGGCAGUCACAACCACACAUCACCAGGAUUACAAGAAUGCGCUUCCCCUCACUAAGAAUCUUCCGUCAGCUGAGAUUGCACUCAUCUGAAUAUAGCCACACAAAGGAGGCUCCCAAGUAGACUAACAUUGCAGAAAAUUGUUGAUUAUUUCUAUAAAUGACGAAUUGGCUAGAAGGAAUACUUAAAUAGCAGUGUCUUGCAAAAGCUAAAAAAAAAAAGGAUAUCUCAGGGAAAGCCUCUCCACCCUGGCUCAGGAACACAUAAGGAAAUAAUACACAUGGAAAAAAAGUUUGGUUUUCAUGAGGGAAGUGAUGUCAGCCAUGGAGGGAUGAGUGGCGUGGCCAGUCAGGGCUGCCACACACACACCCUCCUCUGACAGUACCCAGAAAGCAGUACUGAAGGUCCCCCUAAGGCAUGAAGUACCCAGAAGGCAUAAGGGAGAAAAUUGUCUUGAUUUGUAUGGAAGUGCCCAUACAGAUUUUUUUAUUUUUCUAUUUUUUUCAUUAUUUACGUGAACGGAGGAUUGACUGCUGGAGAGACAAGUUGUGUGGCGAGUCAAGGAUGCGGUAGCUCUUGGCUAAUAGUAUUAACCAAGUACCUGGUGGGCAGCACUGAAGAUCCACCUUUGGCAUGGAGUCACUCAGUAGAGGCACCAGAGAGCAGUGCCAAGCUGGGACAGUGCUGAGGGAUGCUCAUAUUUUGUUUAAGUCAGUGCACUGCAAUAAUACUCAGCUUCAGCGUGGGCAAACUGUGAGAGAGACAUUAGAGUGGACGGCAAACUACGGGAGGAGAGACAGGCUAAGAAAGAGUGGUGCAAGAGAGGAGUGAUGCUGAGGCUGGCACCACAUCUUUGUACUAGCUCCCUGUGAAGGUGCUACAGUGAAAGCAAAGCAUGGGAGAGGAGACGAGUUACUGUAUGCUGCAAGCCAUAGGAGGAGGGACGGGCUGGCAUAGACAGGUGCAAGGGGGGAGUGAUACUUAGGCUGACACCACACUUUUGAACAGGGGUAAUGUGCACUAAAAAGAUUCUCAGCUACAGUGAAAGCCAAGCAUAAAAAGGAAUUCAAGUUGCUGUGGACUGCAGACUAAGGGAGGAGAGACAGAUUGAUAUGAAUUGGUAGAUGGUAAGGGAAGGUGACAUCUCAUCUUUGAAGGUGUUAUCUCUGUGAAGGUGCUCAGAGAAAGAUACUGAGGACUGUAAACCAAGGAAGAAAGGACAAAGUAACAUGAAUUGAUGUGGUGAUGCUAACGGAACAACAUCACAUCUCUCUCAGCCCCACUAACUGCAAACUAAGGAAGAAAAGACAGAGUUAUAUGAAUUGACGUGGAGAGAUGCUAACGGAACAACAUCGCAUCUCCCUUAGCUCCACUCACUAUAGACUAAGGAAGAAAAGACAGUAAUAUGAAUUAGCGGGAGUGAUGCUAAUGGAAGCUGACUUGCAUCUCUCAAUGCCAGCGAGUGCAAACCUUGGGAGAAAAAGACAUUCCUACUGGGCAUGAGGAUGUUGCCAUGACGUCACCACGGGUCUGUGUUCGUGAGGGGAAAACUUCAGCAGUGGCAUUUUAUCACAGCGUGGGCGUUCCUGCGGCAACUUACAGGCUGGUGCAUCGCCGGCGUCAACAGCUCAGGGCCUUUAUGUAUUUAAAUUUGUGUACUGUGAUCUCUUGUCCCUCUCACCAGGAACUAUUCAUGAUUUAUUCUCUUCAUUUUCUCAGCCAUGAAGCAAGUCAGUAUAGAAGGUUAAGCUGUAAGAUAGUGUGCAGUAUUGACCAGGCACUGUUGUUGCCCAUCACUGAGCCCCAAGUACUUAACAGGGUUGCCUCCACACCACUCCCCUAAGCCCCACCACCUAAAUCGAGUCCCCGCUGGUUGUCUGGGGUUGUUUUUGUUGCCUCUACGAGAAAAAUAAUUUACCUAACUCUUGCAUAAUCACACAAAGUUACAUAUCACAGAAUAAUUAUGUGUUUUCACCUGAGUUUUGAAGUUUGAGGCGAGAUUGUUGGUCAUUGCUACUCUGUGUGAGGGACAGGGGUGGUGGGGCUCAAGGGACUAGUCAAGGAGCUGGUUGAUCUAAUUCCUAUAUGGUAAAGUUUGCAUAUACACAAUUUUCUGAGGGUGACACGUGAAGGCAUUUAUAAACACUCACUAGUUGAAAUCACAUGUUUUGGGGAGGACGAGGUGUUAAAAAAUCUAUAUUUUUUUCACAUUUUUCUCACAUCAACUCAACCCUGUGACUUACCAUGUAUUAUUAAGAGGUAGAAAAUGGUGAUUAAAUUACGCAAAAUUAUCUUAACGCGGCCUCUUCAGGAGCAGAACCCAGACAUGAAACAAGAACUGCACUUACAAACAUUUAUUUCCCGUGUGGCCCUCGAUUCCAGUGUGGCGGUGACUGUGAUGCUACCAGACAUAUAUUUUUGGCAUAUCAUACUUCCCAUAAGCAUAGUACACUAGCAGGGGUUACAGGGCCAGUGUCACAGCCCAAACGGUGCCAUAGUAAGUGCCGAAACCAAACCAUACUCUCUGUACUGCUCAGGUUUUCCACUCGCCACAAAAUAUUAAAAGAGAUUCCGUGUAUAGGUUCCUCAUAUUUGGUAGCAUCUGUGAACACCAAAGUCUGUUGUUAGUUUCUCUAUGAACACAAAACACCCAAAAGAUUUUGUAGUUUUUUGUCUGGUUUGAGAGCUUAUGAACGCACUGUCUCUUCUGCGGCACUGGCCCGUUGUCUCCCCACCCCCCAGUGAGUUGUGCCAUGAAUAACUCUUUAGCUUGGAGUUUUCAGCACGUGGGAGUUGAGUGUGUGUUGGCCGCUCCACCGCCCCCGUCCAGCUGCCCUCCACCUGAAGGAGAUUAAUCUACACAUGACAGGUGGAGGAGGAGCUGGGCAGGUGAGGGUGAUGGUAUGGCCGGGAAAGGAAGGUGUUCUGCUGUCUCUCUAACUCUUGGGGUAUGGUACACAUGCACGUACACACACACACACACACACACACACACACACACACACACACACACACACACGCACAUACUCACUUCUGGACGGGUUUGAUGUUUACUUUUAUUGUUGUUGUUGUUCACUGCUUACGUUUUUUUUAGGUUAGGUCAAGUGAAUUUUUUUGUUUGUUUAUUGGGCAUACUCAACAUUUUUUCUAUUUAUUUAUUUUUUUUUUAAUUGAGAAUUCACUUUUUCCGUUGAGUUGAAUAUUGUCAUGAUGGAUUGCACGGCUGAGAUGAACCACCUGCCUGUCAGAAGGAAUGCAGACACACACACACACACACACACACACACACACACACACACACACACACACACUAUACAGGAGAUAAGUCAGUCAGUCAGUCAUUUGUUUCUACCUGAGGACUACUCUUGACCUUGUAUAAUAUUAAUAAUCGGGGUUAGUAUUCCCCUUGUUACUUAGAUUCCUUUAGCAUUACUGUACAUACAUUUACUAUUAUUAUUAUUAACUUACUAUUACUUAUGAUUACGGUUACCACUUCUUACUUACUCCACUGCAUUUAGAUAAGGUUGAAUUUCAUAUUUAUUUUGUUACUCUUCUCUUUGUUUAGAUUUUUUAUUUUUUAUUUUUUUUUUAUUUUUUUUUUAAGGGAUACCCCAUUCAUGACUUGUUCCUUGUCCCAUCCCUCCUUUCCUUCCUCCUUUCUUCCCUCCUCACUCUUUACUUACCUUUCUUCACUUACCUUUCUUUACUUCACUCUUUUCUUCAUUUUAUUUCACUCCAUUCUGGCCUCUCCUUUAACUUUUUUUUUUUUUCCUUUCUACCUUUUGCAUGCCUCUCCUGGUUCUCCUUCCCUCCUUGUAUGUUGAUAGCUAGGUUCUUUUUUUGUCUUCUUACUCAUCUCUCUCUCUCUCUCUCUCUCUCUCUCUCUCUCUCUCUCUCUCUCUCUCUCUCUCUCUCUCUCUCUCUCUCUCUCUCUCUCUCUCUCUCUCUCUCUCUUCCCCUAAAUGUAUGUUGUUAGUCAGACUGUGUAGGUUAGAUUUCAAAGACUUCAAAGACAUCUCAUUCUGGUAUUCUUCCUCUGUCCUUCCUUCCCUCUUUCAUUCUCUUAGUGAGUGUUGAUAGCUAGUUUGUCUGUUAGGUAGGCUUGGUAGACUACUAAAAACCUCUUUCCUGUGUUCCUUCUUGAUCAUUUUUUACCUUCUUCCUUCUCGUUGUAGUGCGUGUUGAUAGGUAGAUUGUCUGUUAGGUAGGCUUGGCAGAUUAGUACUAAUACACCUUAUCCCUGUGUUCAUUUUUCAUCCUUUUUUGCCUCCUUCCCUUUUUUCAUCUAGUAAUGUGUUGAUAGGUUGGUUGUCUGUUAGGUAGGCUUGACAGAUUUCAAAAACACCUCAUUCCUGUUUUUCCUUUAUCCUUCUUUCUCUCCUCUCCUUCCAUCUCCAUGUGUGUUGAUAGCUAGGUUGUCUGUUAGGUAGGCUUAGCAGAUUCUUAAGUCAUCACACUCCUGUAUUCCUUCAUCCUUCUUUGCCUCCUUCCCUCCUUCCAUCUCCUUGAAGAAUAGAUAUGUUGACAACAGGGUUCUCCUUUCCUUCAGGUAGGCUUGCAGAUUACUAAGACACCCCCCCCUGCAUUCCUCCUUUCCUCUCCAAGUAUAUAUAUGUUGAUAGCCAGGCUCUCUCAUGUGUGGAUAAGGCUUGGCAGACCUCGUACUUCAGUCUAGCAGCGACAGCAGCUCUGAGAAAGGUGCGCUGGGGGUAUAGGUUCUCCGAUGCCACGCCAGAACACACACUAACCUGAACCCACUCACCGCCUGCCUCCGCCCCUCCCCGGCUGCCUGCCUCACCCUUCCCCGGCCAGUCUGGUGCUGUUGACGGCCUGGGUGGUGGUGCCUGGAGUUACUGUGGUGUGGAGGGUGUGUCGCCGUCCUCCGCACCAGCAACAUGGAGUGAAGGGGUAAAGCUAGUGUGGUGGGUCGGGUCUGGUUUAAUGUUCACCUGUGUCCAUCAUUGUCACUGCUGGUGCUGUAAGUACAGUCAUUGCACAAAGGCUCACUCGCUGUGCAUGAUUGGCUGUGAUUGUGUACAUUACAUGGUGUACAUUGUAUGGUGUACAUAACCUGUUCCAGUUCAAAUAUAAAAAUAAAUUUACAUCAAGGAACUUGAAAA